AUGAUUCUAGUAAAUCCCAUUAUCAGCAAGUGCUUGGUUAAUACAGAUGUUAUUAGCAAACAUUGGUUGAAAUUGUUGGCGAAUAGGUUUGUUAGUACGACCAACAGAAAUUUCACCAACAAUAGUCUCAUAUACAAUUUGAACAACUACAAGAGUUCCUUCCCAGAAGAUUUCACCAUAAAUGAGGAUAUCACCAAAUAUAUAAACUUGAAUAAGCAUAGACUAGAGACUCAGCUGUUAAAGAUUGGAGUAAUAUAUGCCAAUGAAGAGACUAGAACCAAUUCAAAAUUGAUUGAAGCCUUGAUGGCUGAUCCAUUGGCUUCGGGUAAUGAAAUUUGGUUUGAUAAAAUCGUCAAAAGAAAGUCUUUGGGGACAUUUGUAUAUAACGAAACAGUUGAAGUGGAUGAGGAAAGUGGAGAGUUUAGACUUCCUUCACCGAUACUAUCAGGCAACUAUAGAAAUAAAUUUCAACAGCAAAUUGAGAGUGCAAAUGAUUUGAUUAUUGAAGAGGUUUCUGAUAUCGCAAAUACUAGCGAUUAUGUUUUCUUAAUCAAUGUUUCAAAUGAGUUGAAAAACACAGAUUAUUGUAAAGACGUCGAAAAUAGAAUACUACUCAAUGUCCUUGACAAUUGCGAGUUUACUCCUCAUAGUUCCGAGUCCACCCCAGUUACUUUUGCGAGCGGAUCUCAUAGCCAUUUGAUUAAGAUAAAUAGCCAGCUUGCUUAUAAUGGAAUAAGUGAAUUUAUUUCAAAAGACGUGCUAGCAACCGAUACGUUUAUUAAUAGCAUGACAAACAGUAACAUUUAUGAAUUAUACAAAGCUAUAAAUUGGUUUUCCCAGACACAAGUGUUGCAACAAUGGCUUUUACACAACAUAAAAUUCAAAAUCAAGCAAAGAAUAUCAACUGCUGCUGCACCAGAAGAGAUUAAUGAUAUUUCCAAUAUGGAGAUUGCCAGAUUCACAGAUUUAGUCAAUACUGAAUUACAAGACGAAUUUAAACCAAAAACAACUAGCUUCUUCCGUAAAAAUCUCAUUUGGUGGAAAUUGUAUUACAAAAAUGACAAUGUAGAAUAUGAUAUAAAGGAUUUUUUCAUGAACCACUUUAUGAACAAGAGUAUAGAGAAUUACAACUACUUAAAGGGGAAGAUUAGCCUGGGUGAGGCCGAUGUGAUUGAUAAUCCAUUGUUGAAAUUGAAAAAUAAGGUGAUCAACAAAGGUGUUGCUGAAGAAAUACAACCUUUUGUAUAUCGUGCCUUGGCAACUGCAUUUUUGUAUUAUCAGUUCCCUAUAUCGCUUAUAUCGUUUUGCGGUUAUCAGUAUUUUGGAUAUGGAGCUAAUGAAUGUGUUGCCUUGGCCACCUUGGGUUUGGUUUUAGGGUUCAACCAGGUUUCCAAAGUUUGGACCAACUUUACUGAUAGAUGGCUUAAUAACUUGUUUGAAGAAAUUCGAAUCUGUCUUGGUAAAGAAUGCAUUGAAGAUGGAUUACUCAAACAAUCAAAUCUUCAAUUGGAUAAAGAUAUCAAAAUCACUCUAUUAAGACAAGAAAUCUUUAACGAAAUAAAUAAGGAUCCUAUAGAUGGAACAAAUAAAAAUAAAUAA